UUUCAUACAGAUGGCAAGGCUGUGGCAGCUCAUGCUCCUGUGUUGGGCAUGGAGUCCUCUGUGUCUGCCAUCCAGUGUGAGCUUCAUUGGUACACCGCAGGAGUGUGCGAAGGCUCACUUUGUCCCUGGUUACAAUCUGGGUGGAGAAGGAUUCGACAUCGUCACAAUGGAGCGGAAAGGUGCCUAUGUCAUAGACACUGAAACAUGGAAGCUUGGCAAUGGCACUUGCAGGCUGUACAGAAACAGCUACAUGAAUGGAGAGAGCCAGAAGGUCCCAGUUGCUGUGGUGGACUGGAGAAUCCUCCCCAAGUGCAGUUUAAAGGUCUCCAGUACAGUCUACGAUUCUGUCGAAACUCUUGUCAAUGACUCCACAUCAUCUGUGUCCAACAAUUGGAAAAUCGGCCUUGAAAUCCCUGUAGACCCUUCUGUCACUGUUGGGGUUGGCUUAGGAGGUUCCCACUCCAGAGAUUCUACCUUUGGCAUGCAAAAGUCAAAACAAGACCGCUACAACUUCUUUCGACAUUCUGUCUUCUGUAGCUUCUACCGCUACAGGCUGGCCACAAGACCUCCACUGAGUCAUGAGUUUCAAUCAGCCGUGAACUCCCUUCCUUCCUAUUCCCAAAAAGCAGAGCAAUUAUAUCGCAGUCUGAUCGACACAUAUGGCACACAUUACAUCACACAAGUCUCUCUGGGAGGAGAAAUAAAAGCAAUCACUUCAAUCAAGACCUGCCAGGCAUCUAUGAAUGGACUGUCAGCAACAGAGGUCAGUGACUGUUUGUCAGUCGAGGCCUCUGCUAGCUUUGCAAAUAGUGCCAGCAUUAAGGCCAUGUAUGAACACUGUCAGGCAAAGAAGAAGAAGCACCUCACGCUGCUUGAACAAGUUCUGCCAACCAGUAUGUCAUCUAGACCUGGCAAAUCUUCGAAAAAGCCUGAGCAGCAGACAACUUUAGCCGGCAGUGCCGACAUCAAUAAUGCUACUCUAGCUAACAUGCUAGCUGAGCUGCGGGCGGACCUGUUGACCAAACCUGACUCACUAGCCGUCAGAUUUGAAAACAAGCUUGCUGCCAUAGACUCCAAGCUAGACGGAUUGCAGAUGACGGUGAUCAACCAUGAACAACGUAUCUCCGAUCUGGAGUCUGGGCUGAACCAGCUCCAGUCUUUAGAGGCAACGGUAAUCACAAUGGCUGAAGAUAACGCCAAGCUGAAAGCUAAGAUCAACGAUAUAGAGGGGAGAAGUAGACGGUGCAAUGUGCGUCUUAUUGGAGUGCCUGAAGCAAUCGAGGGCACACGACCCAUGUCGUUCUUCUCUACUUUUCUGGUGGAUGUGCUGGGAGAAGACGUGCUUUCAGCCCCUCCAGAGCUUGACAGAGCUCACCGAGCACUCAAACCCAAACCAGCUGAGGGGCAAAACCUAGAGCCGUGA